AUGCCAGCAAAAGCAAAAGCUAAACAAGCAAAGGUUGAAGCCAAAAAAGCAGACACAGUCUCAAAGAGCAAAGAUGAGAAGAAGAAAGACCCACCUAAAGGAAAGUCGGCGCCAAAAGCCCCCUCACCUAAAAAGGCGCCCACUCCGAAGAAGGCCCCUAGUCCUAAAAAAGUUGAUCCUCCUGCUAAAGAUCCACCAAAACGCAAAGGCCCCGCAGUUAGCACUGACGACAAGAAGGAAGACAAGAAAGAUGCGGCCAGCGGUGUGAAGAAAACCAAGUCCGAAGAACAGAUUGUGAAGGUGAUUACAAAGGGAGGAGCAGCAGUCGAUGCCCUUGUUCCUAAUAAGGAUGCCUACAGAGUUUUCCAGAAUGGUGGUAAGAUUUACAGUGCCACUCUCAAUCAAUCAAACCUCGACCACAAUAACAAUAAGUUCUAUAUCAUCCAAAUCCUCCAGCACGAAGCAACAGGCAAUAUCUUCUUCUGGAGUCGCUGGGGAAGAGUGGGUGUCCCUGGUCAAAAUGCUCUUAAGGGGCCUUUUGGAAAAGAUAUUGCUAUCAAUGAAUACAACAGCAAAUAUCAUGAUAAAGCUGUCAAGGGGGACUACAGAGAAAUCGAGAUCAAAUACGAUGAUGAAUAG